UGGCCCGUGUGGCUGCUCCCGGAAUUCUCAUGUGCAGUCGGACUCGACGUUUACCCAGAUAAAGCAUGGUGACAAAUCAUCUUUUUACUGUGCUUCUGUUUACCACCUCUCUAAGCAUUUUCGAAUGUAAACUUAUGGUGGUGCAAUCAAGUCUAAGAGCUGCAAAGAUGCAACGGAUACGUCACGAUGACCACGGAUUCUUCUACAAGUUCUUUCGCAAGAUGACACAGCUCUUUGACAAGCUAUUGAGCUUUGUCGCAGAGGACCUCACACGGCAGAACCACAUUCGAGACACCCCUGGAGCCUGGAGAACGACUUGCUGUAGCAUUGAGAAGCAAUGCUUCCCAACGUAUCCAGCCUGCAACUGCCUGCUGAAGCCAGCGAUGCUUGUGACUGCGGCCUGCUGUGGUGUGCCUCAGAAGCAUCAGGAACCAGACCUUCUUGAAACAUCAGUGAUUCAAGAGAUUCCAAAAUGUUCUGAGACUCCACAGACUCAUGCGACGCCGAAGACAGAGUCGAUGCUGACGCUUGUGGCUCUUCACUUGACGGUGAUGACAUUUCAAGUGUUGCCAGAUCGGAAAACUGACACAUAUUUUGUUAAGAUGUCUGCAGCACUUCCCUCCUCACUCGGUGGGGGCACUGGUGGAAGGUUGGCAGACAUGCUGCAUGUGAGCUUAAUAAGGAUUGCACAUAUUGUCAAUGUGUAAAUAAUGUGCCAGUCUGAAUGCAAAAAUAUAUGAAGGCUCAAAUCCGUCCACAUUUGUUUUAAUGUGGGAUUUUAUUAGAGAACACUGAAGCUCUGAGUCAGUUUUGUAAGGAAAAAAGUGGCUUGCCUACAGAACCAGAAUGAACAGUUUCGGCAUGCGCUUAAGUGUAGCUUUUGUAUUUUUUUCUCUUUUUGCUUGUGAUGCAUUUAGGCAGUUCUUACGAGAUCUGCAUGCCUAAAGCCUCGUGAUAACUUCUACUCAAAACAGUGCUUGAUAUUUGGAAUGUUUCAGUUUUGAAAUAAUCAGCAACAAGCAUUCCACUACAUUUAAUCAGUAAAACCACUAAUAAGUUUCGUGUAGAAAGACCUAUCUAUGCUUGCACUUUCUAGACAUAGAGUAGUAGUAUUGUUAGGUCUUGCUUUAGCAUAAGGCUCUCUCCUGUUCUAGUUUUUCUACUUGAAACGUUCUUGGCUAGUAACUUUUUUUUCCUUGCACUUCUUUGUAAACUUCAUCUCAUUCUAAACAGUUUUUCUUAACUGAAUAUACGUCUAAAGACAGUGUGAAGCUGCGUACGCAGUAGUCAGUGCACUUGUUGUUUGUAUUUAGGGAGUUACGUAUAAUCAUGUUUGUCAUCUUGCCAUCUGCCUUGUAAACGGUGUUUCGGCCCAGUAAAGCUCAUCUUAGCGAGCAAACCCUUCCAGAAGGUUUCUUAAAGCCAAGCUUUUUUUGCCUCUUAUCUGGACUUUCCCACCGCUGCUCCUACUGUCUGGCCAAAUAGCUAUUACUGAAUGCCUCAUACUGAUAUUAAUGUAGUCGUUGAACCAUUGUCAUCCCAGCUGACUACUGGCUACUGUCUUGCACGAGUGACCAGUACCGGACGUAAUGCAAAUCCCAAUUAUAGUAAUGUAACUAGAUCGUGGUUUUGGCAUGCAAAAUUUCAAUAAUCAAUUUUUGCACAGUGCGAAUGUGUUUAACUGGAUCAUCUAGUCUUUCUUUGGAAAUUUAGCUAAACAGGAACAGCGUUCUCAACAAACAUUCCGAAAGCCUCGCUUAAACCAGUAACCACAGCACCUGGAAUCUGCAGAAUUACCGCAGGCUGAUAAUUAGGUAAGGACACUGCUGAGCAGACACAAAAAGAAGAAUUAUCAAUUACACAGCUAACAAUGUUGUCAGUACUAUGGUGCAUUUAUUCCUACAGCAUGAUGACACUGAGUGAAUCCCUAAGCAAGCUAGGUAAUAUUUGAGGGUCUGUGAUGAAGCACCGAUUUGCACACUGCUGGCAAGCAACAAAAUGCAAAAUUAAAGCUGUUCAUUGCAGUGACCAAGACACAAGUGAAUAUAGCAACAUUCAAUAUUCGGUUAAAUUCUGGCCAUUCACUUGCACGCUGCCUUCUAGGAUCAGUGCACAGAAUCAAAAGAAACUACUUGCAUCUUUUGUGUUUUGUUUUUGUGUGUGUAUCAUGCAAGCCCUUUUCUUUUUAUUCAUCCUGCUAAUUUGUAUGUGAUAUUCUCUGUAUUUCUGUCUUAUGCUUUAUUGUUAGGCUUUUAUGUGCUUGUGCUAUUUUACUUGUUAUUUUGUACCUGUAUUUCUGCUUUCUCUGCUCCCCACUGCAAAGCCAAACUGGCUUUGUGGGUACCUAAGUAAAUAAAUAUACAAAACUAUC